AUGGACGAAAGCAGUGUCAUAAUACAGGCUAAUAGCCUUCUCCAAGAGCUGAUUUCCGCACACGACGAGAAGUAUCAUAUUGGUACUGUGGUAAGCGGUAUUUAUGACACAGCAUGGAUAUCUAUGGUCUUGAAGAAGCCCAACCCUUCCACGGCCCAAGAAUGGGCCUUUCCUGCGUGUUUUGACUUUCUACUCCAAAACCAAGCUGAAGAUGGAGGGUGGGGGCAUGAACAUUCGCUUGUGGAGCGUGUCACAUGUACCCUUGUCUCUCUCUUAUCCAUUUUGAGGCACCUUGGUGUAUCGGAAGGUGCUUCAGUGAAAGACCAAGUGGACUUACAGUACCAAGCAGAUAAAGCCAUUCAAUUUGUCAAGUCAAGCCUGCCAAAUUGGGAGCUCGCGUCAUUAGACACUGGCAUUCCAAUAGGUCUGGAACUUUGGUUGCCCGUUGUUAUUGAAAAAUUGGAAGAAGAAGGAGUGUCAUUCGAUAUUCCUGGUAAAGACCGUGUAAUCAGGUUGCGCCUGGAAAACCUCUCCCGGUUUCCAGUGGAGGUACUCUACAGACCUAGCGGCUUGUUUCAGCCUUCGCCCUUGUUCACCCUCGAAGGGUUGAUCGGAAUUAUCGACUUCGGCAAACUUAGACAUCAAACGGUCUUCGGAUCUAUGUUCUCAUCUCCAUCAUCCACCGCUGUUUAUCUGAUGGAGUCGCCUGAUUGGGACCCUGCCUCAGAAGCUUACCUAAACCAUGUGGUGGAACACAGCAUUAUCAAGCAUAAUCGCGCGGUGCCCGGGAUGUUCCCAACGUCAGUGUUUGAUAUUGACUGGGUUCUCAACAUCUUUGUCGAGGGUGGUUUCAACCUGAACAAGCUCGAUGCCAACGCUGUAAAGGUCCUAGGAAACAUGAUCCUCCAACGUCUGGAAAAGCAGGAUGGAAUUAUUGGGUCCGAUUUACUCAUUUGUCCCGAUUCCGACUCUACAGCGAUGGCACUCAAAACAGUUUAUCACUCCCCUGGAACGCGCCUUUCAGCUCAGAAUAUGAUUAAUGCAUUUGAGGGCGAGAAGAACUAUUUCACAUAUAGCGGCGAACGUGACCCCAGCAUUAGCAGCAAUGCCCACGUUUUGCAAGCACUAGUGCUUGAUUCAGCUGCAAUGAAACAUACCGCCUCCAUUGAAAAGUGCGCUCGAUAUCUCUGUGAAACAUGGAGGAACGCAAACAAGCUUGUUCGGGAUAAAUGGCGCGUGGAGCCUUUAUCAGAAACCCUACUCAAGACCCUUAUCCCUCUGACCCUUUUCCAAGCCGUGCUACGGAUCCUUCUCACGCAGAACCCUAACGGGUCUUGGGGACAAACAAGUCUUCGAGAGAAUACUUCGCUUGCGGUCAUCACGUUGAAGAGUACAUGGUCUCUUCCCUUCGUGUCUGCCACUCUAAGCCAGGUAAUGGAUCAGGCCAUCAAGGAAGGCCAAGCCUUUAUCUCUGCAAAUAUGGACGCACCAUUCAACGAUUACUCCUGGAAUGGAAAAUGUGCUUACGGACUGCUAUCUAUCUCUCGUGCUGCUGCAUUGAGCGCACUACUGGGAACACGACCGGCAAGAGAAUAUUCAAAAGAUGUAAAGUCUUUAUUUCAUAUUGAAAUGGGUUUGAUUGCUAAGCAAGCCAAGCUGCUCGGUUUUUAUUUUGAGGGGAACUCAAAAAUCACUACCUUUGAAGAGAGAAAUGGCUUCGACGAAGGAUUUUCAAUGAGGCUAGCCGUCAUUUGCAUCACUCUGAACUACCACAAGAAGUAUUUCCUUAGCAACCGCUUCAUUUAUGGUAUGCUCGAGCUUAUGCACUUCGUAUACCACAUCGAUAACCUUAUCGAUACGGAUCUGAGUGACCGUUCGCCGGACACUCUCCAGUUGAUUGAAGAUUCACUUCAUCAAAUGUUCGCAUUUGGGGACAUUUCCAUCUUUCGAAAUGAAAACGGGAUGAGCGAGUCCAUCCUGGGUUAUCAGGGCAAAACAAUUGCUAUGAAAACCCCGCCAUGUAGCCCGGGAUAG